AGCACGUUACUUAACAUGAAGUUGAUUGCAAUCUGUGCUAUACUUAUGCUGACCACUGGCAUAUAUGGGAGUCUUCUUGACUUUAAAUGGCAUCUAUGGAGAUAUAAAUAUGAAAAGAGUUACUUAAAUAAGACCGAGGAACAACUGCGGAGGCAGAUCUGGGAAUCCAAUUGGAAAAUGGUUGUAUAUCAUAACAAGCUAGCUGAUGAAGGAAAGAAAAGCUAUUGGCUGCAGAUGAAUCAGUUUGCUGAUAUGACCUCAGAUGAAAUGGUUCAAAGUACGCCCACAUUAUCUUGGAAUGUUCGAGGAUUACCUGUCAGCGUCAGCAAGAAUGGCAACAUAUCUAUUCCAGAAAAGUUGGACUGGAGAGAUAAAAACUGUGUUACAGAAAUUAAGGAUCAAGGGAAAUGCAAGUCAUGUUGGGCUUUUAGUGUGGUUGGAACUGUAGAAUCAAGAUACUGUGUUAUACAUGGUUGUCUCUACUCAUUCAGUGUGCAGCAGUUGGUAGAUUGUGACAAAGGAAAUAAUGGCUGCCUUCCUGGUUAUCCCAAAAAUGCAUGUCGCUACAUUACAAGUUAUGGUCUUAUGAAAGAAGAUGACUACCCCUAUAAUGCUACGAAAAAUAAAUGCCAGUAUAGCAGAAAUCGUGCUAUCCAUAUUCCUGUUAUAUGCAAAGAGUACCUUUCCAACAAAACUAUUGCUGAAGACGUGUAUAAGUAUGGCCCUGCAAGCGCUGCAAUAAGUGUUGGGACUGACUUUCAUUUAUACUGCAGUGGGAUAUAUGAAAAUCAAGAUUGCAAUAAAAAGAACAUAUCUCAUGCCGUUAUAAUUGAUGGUUAUGGACCAGGUUACUGGUUAAUAAGAAACAGCUGGGGAGUAUCUUGGGGUAUUGACGGCUAUGUGCUUCUGAAGAGAGGUGUCAAUUUAUGCCACAUAGAGGAUCAUGUGCUCAAUGUCCGCGUGGAAUGAUUUCAGAGGCUGAUGAGGAAAUCUGG